AUGGACAACCACUGCGACAAGUCCAGCGUCGCCAAUGCCGACGAGCUCAACCACAUCGACGAUGUCCCCCAGAAUGAAAAGGCCAACGAUGAGAUAACGCCAAUUACCUCGGCUUUUGCGGGCUUGACGCGUGCCCAGGCUGUGAGGAAGUUCUGGCGCCUUUACGCCACUGGCCUCAUGGUAUCUAUCGGCGCAAUGUACUCCGGUUACGGUCACUCCGUUAUCGGAAGUAUCAUUGCCAACGAAGGCUUCAUCGAACAGUUCGCUACCGUGACCGAUCCCGAGACGGGUGCCCCAGCCCUCAACUCUACCCACGUCUCGCUGUGGCAAGCCAUGAACUUUGCGUCGCAGAUUAUUAUCCAGUUGAUCGCUCCGAUUACGGCUGAUCGGUUCGGUCGCAAGUUCAACAUGUGGGCUUUGACUGUGUUCCUCGCCCUAUCUAUCGUUCUCGCCCUUGUCGCAAAGAGUUGGGAGCUCAUUCUUUGUUCUCGACUGGUUGGUGGUUUUGCCUCGGGUCUUCUGAGCUCUUCCAUCAUGAUCUACCUGUCAGAGACUGCUCUGCCCCAGUUCCGUGGCGCUCUUCUCGGUGGUUUCUCGCUCUUCUUUGCUAUCGGCCAGCUCUUCCUCGCCAUUGGUCUUAAGAUUCUCAAGGACACUACCCCCCUCAAGUUCCGCAACAUCUUUUUCUCCGAGUUUGUCUUCUGUGGUCUCUGGCUUAUCCCCAUGCUCUAUCUCCCAGAGUCACCAGUCUGGUACGCUAUGCACGAUAGACCUGAAGAUGCUAAGAAGGCCUUGCGAAGACUUAUCGGCAACGUCGAAGGCUACGACUUUGACCACGAAUACGCUGUCAUCAAGUACGAAACCGAUAAGUCGGUCGAACUCCAAAAAUCGCACGCCGACAACCAAUGGCGAGCAUUCUUCACUUGGUUGAACAUCAAGAGAGCCAUCAUUGCGACAUUGCCAUUUACCUUCCAGAACUUUGUCGGCGCGCCUCUGUUCUUCAACUACGCGACAUACUUUUUCGCCCUUGCUAAGCUCGACGACCCUUUCCUCGGCAACCUGAUCAUUCAACUCGUCCUGGUAGCCGGUAUUAUCGCCUCGUUUUAUCUCGUUGAUACGGUUGGUCGUCGUACACUCGUCAUCUAUGGUGGAAUCGUGAUGGGUGCCCUCUGCUUCAUCGUUGGUGGUCUUGGUUUCCUCCAGGCCAAUUCGGCCACAGGUGCUGCCUUGGUUACUCUCUGCGCCCUCUGGGCUUUCAUCUAUGCCGUUUCACUUGCUCCAAUUGGCUGGAUUAGUUUGGUCGAAGUCUCGAGUCCCCUCUUCCGCGCCAAAUCGACUGCUUUCGCCUCUAUUAUUCAGUCUGCUAGUGGUGUCCUGUUUAACUAUACGGUGCCGCUCAUGUUGUCUAACCAAAAUGCCGGUUGGGGUCAGAAGAUCGGUCUCUUCUUCGGUGGCAUCACGGUUGUUUAUCUCGUUCCCACGAUCCUCCUAUUCCCCGAGACCAAGGGAAGAACAUAUGAGGAGCUGGAUGAGCUCUUUGAGCGAGGUGUGCCUGCUUGGAAGUUUGCUACCACUGAGACUGCUCACCAGAGAAGUGUUCAGCUCCGCUUGGGUCAGCACUAA